AUGGCUCCAUCAAACAACCUUACGGCCAGUCGUCACCCAGAAGAAGCCGGACAGGAAUUUGAGCGGUACCUAUUGGCUGUCUGUUCUCGUUGGCCUAAGGUUUUUUGUACCGGCUUCGUCCCCCGCCUGACUGAGUCCAGAGAGAAGCAGGAGUGGUUCCAGCAGGAAUUCCACCGCAGGUCUGCAAAGCUAGGGAUUCGGUACUAUCCAAUCGCUGACAACUUUCCUCUGGGCCGUCGCCAUCUGUGGUGUCCUGAUGGCAUCCACUUGAGCGAUGACCACGGGAUGCAUAUCCUCAAAGAACUGAUUUGGAUGUUUUCCUAUCAGUUCCUGGAGUUGUCAGCACCAAAGCCACUGGUGCAAAGUCCGGCAACUCCUCCUUACAAACCGAGGUUUGCGCCCCGUGUGGUAGUUAAGGGACAGGAACGUUCUCGUCCUUCUUCUCCUCUCCCUACCGAAUGGACGCUCGUGAGAUCCGGCAGGAAGAGGAACCUCUCGGGAGAAUCCGACUGUUUGUCUGAUUCACCCAAGAAAAGAGUGGUUCAUCACCAGCGGGACGACACUCCUGUGGCUUUAUCGGAGUGUGCCAUCCCGUCCAAUCCUGUCCGUUUCUCACCCGCUAUCUUGGUGGCCAUGGAAACAGUCUCUCCAUCGGCCGUUCCAGAUGUUCGCACAGGCACCGAGACAAAGCCUGUGGAACAUCAAAAAAAACCAGCUGUCUCAAAGUCUAGGCGCACGAGACAGAAAGUUUCUCCUGUAUCUUGUGUAACUCCUGCUACUAACACUGUUGUGCUUAAGCUGCCAGGUUGCUGGUGUCUGAUGCUCGUCCUGCUUGUCCUCCUGUGCUGA